UAUUAUAUACAGUUAUUAUCCUAAGAUGUUCAAGUUUUCAUCACUCUCACUCCCUUUUUACCCCAAAAAAAUUUGAUUUUCCGCUAAGAAAAUUCCCUUUUCAGAAACCCUUCCACUCCUUCUACCGCCUCCUCCGAACGCUUCUACGAACAGUAAUGGGGGACACAAAGACUGAAGCGUACGAGGAGGACCUUCUUGACUACGAAGACGAAGAAGAGAAGGAGCCUGAAGGUGCUGCUAAUAAAGUCAACGGUGAAGCUGUGAAGAAGGGUUAUGUUGGAAUUCACAGUUCAGGAUUCAGAGACUUUUUGCUGAAGCCAGAGCUUCUUCGGGCUAUAGUGGACUCUGGAUUUGAGCACCCUUCUGAAGUGCAACAUGAGUGCAUACCUCAAGCUAUACUUGGAAUGGAUGUGAUUUGUCAAGCUAAAUCUGGAAUGGGAAAAACUGCUGUAUUUGUUCUAUCGACCCUGCAGCAGAUUGACCCUGUUGCAGGGCAAGUUUCUGCACUUGUCUUAUGUCAUACAAGGGAAUUAGCAUACCAGAUUUGCAACGAAUUUGAAAGGUUUAGCACCUACCUAUCCGAUCUGAAGGUUGCUGUCUUUUAUGGUGGCGUCAACAUUAAAGUUCACAAGGAUCUAUUGAAGAACGAAUGCCCUAGUAUUGUUGUUGGUACACCUGGAAGAAUACUUGGAUUAGCUAGGGAUAAGGACCUUUCUUUGAAGAAUGUUAGACAUUUCAUUUUAGAUGAAUGUGAUAAGAUGCUAGAAUCUCUGGACAUGAGGAAAGAUGUGCAAGCUAUUUUCAAGAUGACACCCCAUGAUAAGCAAGUUAUGAUGUUUUCUGCAACACUCAGCAAGGAAAUACGUCCUGUCUGCAAAAAAUUUAUGCAAGAUCCAAUGGAAAUUUAUGUUGAUGACGAAGCAAAGUUGACCCUUCAUGGACUUGUGCAGCACUACAUCAAAUUGAAAGAAGAGGAGAAGAACAGGAAGUUGAACGACCUUCUUGAUGCAUUGGACUUCAAUCAAAUUGUUAUCUUUGUGAAAAGUGUUAGUAGAGCAGCGGAGCUGGACAAACUGCUUAGAGAAUGCAACUUCCCAUCUAUUUGCAUUCAUUCUGGAAUGUCUCAGGAAGAAAGGUUAAAGCGAUAUAAAGGUUUUAAGGAGGGACAUACAAGAAUUCUAGUUGCAACAGAUUUGGUUGGUCGGGGAAUCGAUAUUGAACGUGUGAAUAUAGUUAUAAACUAUGACAUGCCGGAUUCUGCUGAUACGUACUUGCACAGGGUUGGCCGUGCUGGAAGAUUUGGAACCAAGGGCCUUGCAAUUACAUUUGUUUCAUGUUCCACUGAUGUUGAUGUUCUCAACAAUGUUCAAUCCAGGUUUGAAGUUGAUAUAAAGCAGCUUCCUGAGCAGAUUGAUACAGCUAGCUACAUGCCAUCUUAGGAAGGCUGAGAGGGAUAAUGCUUGAAUAGCUCGGAUGGUAGCUCUUGUAGAUUAAUCACAUUUCUCAGUUUGUCGACAAUUUAAUUUACUAUUCCAUUGUGGAGUCCUUGUAGUUUUAUAGAUUUUUGAGGGAAUUUUAUCGUUAGAGUGGUAUAUCGUUUUGCCGUUGACGGCUCAUGGAUUUAUCGAUAUUUAUUUAUUGUAUUAUGGAUUUACAAUCUUGUUGCAGUUUAUUUGAUUGGAAGUUUAAUAUCAUUGUUGGGUGAAAUUGGUUCAUUCA